AUGGAGACAAAUAGUUCAGUCUUCAGCUUUGGUGACCUUGAUGUAAGAGGCCUUGUACGAGAUUCAGGCUACUAUGGGGAUGGCCUAAAUGCCAUCAUUGUGUUUGCUGCCUGUUUUCUGCCAGACAGCAGCCGGGCGGAUUACCACUAUGUCAUGGAAAAUCUUUUCCUAUAUGUAAUAAGUACUUUAGAGCUGAUGGUAGCUGAGGACUAUAUGAUUGUGUACUUGAACGGAGCAACCCCAAGACGGAAGAUGCCAGGGCUGGGCUGGAUGAAGAAAUGCUACCAGAUGAUUGACAGGCGAUUGCGAAAGAAUCUGAAAUCAUUCAUCAUUGUUCAUCCAUCUUGGUUCAUCAGAACAAUCCUUGCAGUGACACGACCUUUUAUAAGUUCAAAAUUCAGCAGUAAAAUUAAAUAUGUCAAUAGCUUAUCAGAACUCAGUGGGCUGAUCCCAAUGGAUUGCAUCCAUAUUCCAGAGAGCAUCAUCAAGUACGAUGAAGAGAGAUCUUAUAAGAGAAGUGUGAGACUGGAUGAAGAACUGAGGGAAGCAUCAGAAGCAGCUAAAACUAGCUGCCUUUACAAUGAUCCAGAAGUGUCUUCCAUGGAGAAGGAUAUUGACCUGAAGCUAAAAGGAAAGCCCUAGUUGGCCAUGGCUGGAAGAAGAUACUCUUCUGCUUCGUGAUUCUGCUGAAGCCUACCUACCUGGAAGAGACAGGGCUGAUUCUCCUUUUUUCCACUUUGCACUACCUGGUGCCAUUCUAAAUUUCUAAGGGGAAAAACAGUAAGGGAAUUUGUUUACUCUUCACAUAUUUUAUGAAAUUGUGUGUAUUUUCCUAUUUUGCCAAUUACGUGCCUCAAAGAUUUCAGUUGAACCUUAGCAAGACAAUAGGACCUUCCAUUUCAAUAUUCUGUUAGCCCUUGGUGCGGUGGUCUCCUCUCUUAGACUGGUGUUGACCGAUCAGAUACCUUCCGUCCACUCUUAAUCAUGAGUGGAUCCGUUUCCAGAGAUUGGCUGGAUUUCUCCUUGGUGAUCAUUUUAGGCUUAAAACACCUGGGCUCAACGCUCCCCAGGCAAGUUGUGUCCCCCAUGGAACUCUGCCUUUAAAACCCUCGGCUCGCUUAGCACAGCUGUAAACCAGACUCAGGUGUGAAGCCACCUUGGUUCUUGUCCCCAUGAAUUGUCUCUAACGUCUCAAGGGGACCCAGGUUUUCUGAUUCACCUCAGUUUUAUUUUAGUUAUCAAAUCAGGCGUCGUGUUUUCUGUGAAUUGGUCUCUUUAAAAAUCGUUAUUUCUCCGAUGAAUGUUGAGGACCUCCACGCUGAGAAACUUAAGGGUCGAUGUCGGCGUUUUUUGGUAGCUCUCUGCGCUUCACGCCGUCAACUUCAUUCAAAAUGUUACGUUGUAAGUGCCAAGGACUCGGGUGUAAGGUGGCCCGCUCAGAAAUUCAUUAUUUGGGAACCUUCAUUUAUCUCAAUCUGCUUUCAAUCACUUGGAUCUGAUCAGAGGUCUAACAUGAAAUAGGAGUGCGUGCUAUCAUUUGCAAAAUUCCCCUGUGUAGUCUUCACAUGCCCUUGAAAAUGCCAACAUGCUUUCAAAUCUGCGGGCCUCUAGCAGAGGGGUUGGCAAAGCCGUGGGCAAAUUUAGCACACCACCUGUUUUCACACAGCCUCCUCGUUAAGCAUGGCUUUCACAUUGGGGUCAAAAAACAUCUUUUUAAUAUUUCACGAAACAUGAAAAUCCUGCAAAUUUCAGUAUCCGUAAAUAAAGUUUUGUGGCAACAGGGCCAUACGAAUUGGUUCACAGACUCCCUGGGGCCACUUAUACACAGCAGCUGCUGAACUGAACGGUGCCUGCAAAGCCUAAACUAUUUACUCUCUCUAUAGAAAGAGUUCGCUGGGCCCUUCCUGCCCCAGUGCACCCAUUCUCCCCCCUUCUCGCAUUUAGGAUUUGGAUAUUAGUUUCUGUAACAGAACGUAUAAGUGAGCCUGCAAACUCAUUUAUUCUUUAAAAAGAACAUGUUGGCCUCCGUACUCGGUAAAAUAAAUGACCUGCUGAAAAAGACAGGGAGUCCUCCGCACAAAAGCAUGGCUCGGGGUUCGUUUACGUGACCCCAAGUGAAGCCUGCUUAGAAGGCUUUUGGCUGUUUAGGGGGGUUGCCGAGGUCCUGGACUUACCCUGAGGGCCGUUCUUACUCUCUGGUAUCACCUGUUACUAAUAAGCUAGCAACAGUAAAAAUGUAGCGGAGGCCAGGGUUACACCAUGGGCUUAGGGUGGGGCUACAUCCAGGAGAGCUUUCUGGGGCACUUGAGUCCUGGGUGUCAGGAGCUUUCAAACACCUUGAGGUAGACCUCUUUGUAGGGUGACUGGAUGUGGCUGACCUCAUUCGCUUCAUGUCUGCCUCGCACCCACCUUCCAGACGUGCGCUCAUACACACAGGUCCGUGCUCUUUCCUCCAUAAGCCAUACUUCACCGAGUUCCCCUCUGUGUCCCUUUCAAGAGAGCAUCUUGCUGAAAUGUGUUCUUUUGGGUCUCCUCCCUCCUAACAUCUGUCUUAUCCAAUAGAAGAACCCCAGAACAUAUGCUCUCUCUCCGCCCAGCUCCACCUUUGGAAGCCCAAAUUAUGCCUCUCCCAGAGCUCAGUGUUGACAUAAGACCAGUGACCUAACAUUUGGUAGGUUCCCCCAUGGAGCACCGUUGUUCUGGCGCAGUUACUGACAAUUGUCCCUUUUGCUCAGCUCUGUCCCAUUUUGGAAAAUGAAUUAAGUGGGCCCCCUAACUACAGAAAGGAAUGAAGAAAUCAGGGCUGUGUUCAGUUGGUGCAAACCUGAGGACACAGAGCUACUGAUAGAGGGGUCUUGUUAUAUUCAACCGGACACAGCAACAGUCCCACCAUUCACAUUUUCCUUGAGCUUGUCUAGCCUGUUCAUGGAAAACUACUCAGGUGGUAUUCUGUUGGAAGCUUCAUCUUCCCUCAUGGAAAUUAUGAGCCUCUCUCCCAGUCACUGAUUUUGUUUGGGCUGUUCUAUGGGCUGCACCACUGUUCCGAUAGGCAUCUGCUAUUUUAUUAUCUUAAAAAGACACAUUAAUUUAACUGCACGUGCUAGAGAAAAGCCACCCUGUAAAUUCUGUCCAAGUAAAUAGAAUUCUAGAAGAAUCCUGAAAAAAUAAUCCCUAAGCAGAUAGGUAGACAGAUGUAAACAUUCACAUCAGUAGCUAUCUAGCUCUUGCAUUCUGAGCAUUCUUGCUUUGGUUCUGACUUCUGGGAACGGUUCUACAAUUUUCCUGUACGUUUGUAGUUCAGGGAAUCAAGGGGUCGUGGGGCAAACGUCUUGUUUUCCCAAGGUGGCAACCGUUCUUUGCUUAGCUCCUUGAUUAAGAAAGAACAUAAAUCUACACAGAAAAUACUAUCAAGGAGUAAAAAAGUUUGUGUGAGGGCAAUAGCUGGGUGUGGAGAAGAUCCUGAAGUUCCUUAUUGAAGCCAUACAAUGUUUUGUGGGGCUACCUUCUGAGAUACACUCCAACAUGUGUGAGGAAGUCACUACUCUAAGCUUUUGUGUUAUUAAGAUGUCAUUUUAAGUAUUCGGUUACAGCACUGUGUUUGCGCCUCAUCUAAUCACAAUGCCUCGGUAGUUUGCUCCCUUAGAAACAUUUAGACAUGCACAGACUAAUCUUUUAUAUAUUUGAAAGUUUUUCUACCAUGUAUUGGAUUGCUCAGAAUCAAGUAUUAGACUCUGUUUUGGUAAAUAAAUAAAUAAUUUCUCCCUAAAUAGCGUGGAUUAAUAAUAUAAAGAUAUGUAACACCACCAUAUAAAA